CCUCAGUUUGAAAAUCACUUCCGUUUCCAAAAGUGAAAAUGUCACAAAUAUGUGUGAUCGUGAAAUGGAGCGGUACAGAGUACAAAAUAGAAGACACAAGUAGCACAGAUACUGUCUUAGAUCUCAAACAUGCUAUUAGAAAGCAAACCGGCGUAUUACCAGAGCGACAGAAGCUGUUAGGGCUAAAAUACAAAGGAAAAGUGCCAGAUGAUGAUGUUGAACUGUCCCUGCUAAAGAUGAAACCUAACACAAAGAUCAUGAUGAUGGGUACAAGAGAGGAGGCAUUGGCUGAUGUUAUAGAACCUCCCAAAGACUUACCAGAUGUUGUCAAUGACUUCGAUAUUGAAGAAGAUGAAAUACUUGUAGAAAACAGAGAGGAGUACCUGACUAAAGUUGAUAGACGAAUAAAGGACUAUGAAGUAAAGAUCUUGAAUGAACCAAGAGAAGGAAAGAAUCUCCUUGUAUUAGAUAUUGACUAUACAAUAUUUGACCACAGAUCUGUAGCUGAGACAGGACGGGAGUUGAUGAGGCCUUAUCUACAUGAGUUUCUCACUGCUGCAUAUGAAGAUUAUGACAUAGUGAUCUGGUCUGCUACAGGGAUGAAAUGGAUAGAAGCAAAAAUGAAGGAACUAGGUGUCUCAUCUAAUACAAACUACAAACUGAGUUUCAUGCUGGACAGUAGUGCAAUGAUCACUGUACAUACACCCAAAUAUGGAGUUAUAGAGGUAAAACCACUUGGUGUAAUAUGGGGAAAGUUUCCACAGUACAGUCCCAAAAAUACCAUAAUGUUUGAUGAUAUAAGGCGUAACUUCAUUAUGAACCCCCAGUCAGGAUUAAAGAUCCGACCAUUCAAACAGGCUCAUAGUAACAGAGAUACAGACAGAGAACUUGUUAAGCUCUCUAAGUAUCUCAGUGAUAUAGCAACAUUAGAUGAUUUUACUAUACUCAAUCAUAGGAAAUGGGAAAGAUACAAGCCUCACAAGCAAAAGCGCACAUCAGAUAAACCUUCCUCAUCCAGUACAGACACACCAACUAGUGAGCCUACUUGAAACUAACUGAACAAGUUAUGGAUCUCGAUAUAUGCAAUUUGCAAUGGUUCACAAUCAUGUUGACCUUGUAGCACUGAACAUUGUACAAUUGAACAAUAUGUAAGAACAAUCUGCUAAUGAAGUUUGUUUAAUCGAACAAUAAUUGCAAUUCACUUUUGGUUGUGACACUUUAAUUGAUAAAAGUUAAAAAUAUCAAAGAAAACUUAUGAAAAAAACUUGUUUUUCAAAUUCAUUUAUACUGCUGCAGGUUCCGGUUUGAUUAUUAACUAUGAAAACUAGGCUAC